AUGUCGGGGCACCAGGCCAUUCUUGGAGGUGACUGGAAUAUGUCUCCUGAAGUCCUUCUGAAGUCGGGUUUCCCUGAGAAGUUGGAGGGGUCUUUGAUCAAGCCUGCUGGCUCUGGGACCUGCAGAUCGUUGGGAGGUCUGAACUUCCUGGAUUAUUUUGUGUGCACUGGGGGCAUUGCGAAGGGCAUUCAGUCGACGAGCAUAGUGCAGGUGGCGCAGCUGACACCGCACAAGCCCGUCCAUCUGCAGCUUUUUCCUCGGCUUGCUCAGCUGUGCGCGCUCACGUUCCGUAAGCCACCGCCCAUUCCCAGAGAGAGGCCGAUUGGGGUUGGCCGCUCACCGCCAGACUGGGGUGAGGUGCAGGGCGCUGCUGAGGGGUGUUUAGGUACGGCGCUCUCGGGCCAGAUCUCGGAGGCUCAGGAGAUGCUUGAUUGGGUCUACGGGCGUUGGGCGGAUUUGGCCGAGAGGGAGCUUUGCGACUUGGCCCAGAUCACGCUGCCCUACUAUGGUGCCCGUAGUAAGUCACCGCAACUGCAUUGGGUUCCGAUCAUCAAGGACAAGGCCCCUCCUUUCAGGCACCCCAAGCUGUUCGCGGGCAAGUGGGUUUCUCAUAGGUUCCAGGAUCUGAUCAUCGAGUAUAGGGACGGAGCUCUGGAGGCCUCGAAGACCAGGGAGUCCCUGUUGAAGCCCCCGUCCUUCGUGCUUAUCGUCGGCUGUGUUGACUGGGACCAGUAUCUCAGCACGAUUCAGUCCUUAGUUCGUGCCGUCCCCGACGGGAAGAUCACCAGCGGGGAGCGCCAGCAGUGGGGCAAGUCCGAGUGGCUGGAGGCUGCUCAAGAUGCUUUGGUUUUAGUGCAGCAGUAUGUGACCAAGCUUCAAGGGGAAGCUCGACAAGACGGCGAGAUGGGGUGGAAAAACUGGCUGCUCACAAAAAUCAAAGAAGGGGGAAAGAAUGCCCACUUGGCCUCCAAGGAGGCCCCUGGUUGGAAAGCCACCACGACCUUAUCGGCUGGGGGUUUAGUGCUUUCGGACCCUUUGAGUUUGCUCAAGAGUGAGGCCUCUGGCUGGGCCGAGCUGUGGCACGCGGGCUCUGAGGCGACCGACAGUUUGUUUGAAGGGGUGUGUCAGCCCCUCCCCAUGGUUUCGAUCGACCAGAUUAGGUCGACUGCCGCUGCUUUCAAGGCCACCACGGCACAGGCGGUGGAUGGGUUUCACAUGAGGCACUACUCGUGGCUGUCGGACUCGGCGCUGGCGGUGGUGAGCCUCUUGUUUGCGAUCUUCGAAUCGCUCUCCAGCCUGCCGCGCCAGCUCCAGAUUAUUCAGUUUUAUGAAAACUUUUCUCACGAAAGGCUUGUGGCUGAAGCUCGGAAGUUCGGUUUCCCCACGGCCGUCACCCAGUUGUGCGUGUCUGCCUACAGGUACGGGAGGUUUGUGAGCAUGGCCUCAGCGGUCGCUGGGCCCUUUUUCGCGCUUCGUGGAGUCGUGGCAGGAUGCUCGAUGGCUACUUCCCUGGUUCGGGUCUAUCUUCUGGGACCUCUGAGCAAUCUGAACCUUCCUCGGGGAGUUUUCCUGGCUCAGUUUAUCGACGACUCGGGUCUGGACUCCACGGGUUCAGCUCAGGACGUGUCUUGGGGUAUUAAAGAAGGUUCUCGGCAGUUGGAGCAGGCUCUGGUCCACGAGUGCGGCUGCUCCAUUUCUUUGUCCAAGGCGGGCCAAGGCAACCUCGUUUGCUCGGACGGGGCCGUCGCCAGGGAGCUGCAGAUGUUCCUUGGCGACCGCACGGGCCCGUUGGCCGACAGCAUUGUGGACUUAGGUAUAGAUUUCACUGCUGGCAGGUCUCGCAGGAAGGCCUACAUCCGACGGGCCCUCCGCGAGUCCAAGCUCAAGAUCCGCAUGGCCAACUUGAAGGCCAAGACUCGGAAGGUGAGGAUUAUGAAAAAACAGAUCACGUCCCACGCCAAGAAAAUUUGGGUCUCGGGUCCGCUCCCUGGGGUGCUGUAUGGUUCGGAAGUCCACGGGAUCUCGGACGGGGAGCUCCACCGAAUUCGGCAGCAGGCCGGCUCCGUGAUGGGGCCAAGCUGUAAAGGUAGAUCGCUCACAAGCCUUCUCAUCUUAGAAGAUGAGCCUACGUGGCUCGCGGCGGUGGCGCCCCUUGUCAGGUACUCUAAGGAGCUGUGGUGUGCCCACUCAGGUGCAUACCGCUGGUGUUUCAGUUUCACGGAGCUCCGCGAGGCGUGGAGAAUUUUCUUCGCCAAGCCCCCGCCAGCGACGUGGAGGGACGUCACGGGGCCUUUCUCCGCGAUGUACAUGUGCCUUAAGAGGAUCCAGUGGAAGAUGAUUGAUUGGGUCUCCCUGGAAAACGAUUUCGGGGAGAAGUUAGUUUUGACGGAGGUUAGUCCUGGGCUCCUAAAGAUAUUGUUGCGUCAAGCUGUCCUUCGGAGUCUGGAGCGAGUUGCUGCCCAAAAAUCGGUCCUGGAGGUCCCUCGCCUGUGCUGCGAUGUGCUCAAGCGGUCCCUGCACUCUAGCAAGGUUUCACCAUCUGGCAAGGCGGCGAUCCGUGUGAUCGGCUGCGACGCCAGUUGGACCCGAGUUCGUGCGCGUUGCCUCGGUUACCAGCUGGAGUCGGUGGAGUGUCCUCUGUGCGGUCAAGGGCCAGACACGCUGCUCCACAGAUUUUGGAGUUGCUCGGCAUGUGCCGAAGAGCGCGCAGAGAUAGUAUCAGACGAGUGCCAGAAGCUAGUUGACGACAUGGACAGCGAAAACCCCCAAGACCUACUCCUACUUACCCGCGGUAUCUUUCCACACCCAGGGGACUAUUGGCCGAGGCCAGACAAGGAGUGUAAGACCGUGUGGCAAUGGGAGGAGGAUGUCACGGAGGAGGACGGCAUGGUGAGGGGGGAGCUGUUCUUGGACGGGAGCUGCACCAGGUGUAUCGUGCCAGAGCUUAACAGGGCGGCCUGGGGUCUUGCGAUUUUCGAUCGGGCUUUCAGAUUCCUAGGUUGCUCGGGCAAACGCGGGGACUGGGAUUUUGGGGAGAUGGAGAGGAACGGCCAUUUCGUGGUCGGCCUGCCGUGCGACAACGGUGAAGUGUUGCACAUUUGCACCCACUGCGCCUCUUUUGUCGGUCCUGGGUCUCUAAAGAAGUCCAACCUCUUUGGGAGGUGUGACCGCAAGAUGUCGGCACAUAGGAAGUGUCUUUGGCGCAGGUUGCUUCGAGGUCUUUACCCCAGCUACAGUUCGAGUCUGAGGGUCGACCCCGAAGGUAUUCAAGACCUCGCCGUGUGA